AUGAGUGGUGUAUUUUCUGGCGUACAAAAAAGAGUAUCGGAUAUUGUUCCACAUGCCGUAUAUAUACAUUGCCAUGUACAUCGCCUAAAUCUAUGUUUGAUACAAACAAUCCAAAAUAAUUCAGUUGUGGUUAAUUUUUUUGACACUGUUCAGUCAUUAUAUAAGUAUUUAAUGAACGGACAUACACGCUAUGAAUUAUUCAUGAAAAUACAAGCUGAUAAAAAGUUACAAGAAAUACAUUUGGAACGUCUCGUUGAAUCCCGCUGGUCAUAUUGGCAUACUUCUUUAAAAAAAAUACUAUUACGCUACACAGAAAUUAAAGAUGUUUUAGAAGUUUUGACAGUCCAGGAUGAUCAAACUGCUAGAGCGAUUGGUUUACUUGAAGAAUUUUCAUAA